AUGAAUUUCAUGAUUAAACAUGAAGAUGAUAAGAAAAUCGUAUUAAUGGAUAGGUAUAUGUUGGGUACGACGGUACCAAGUCGAUACGGCCUUGCCUCGAUACCAACCAUCUCAAACCUUGGCCAGCUUAUCAAACUCCAGCCAUAUAGCAUCUCCUUACUGCACUGUUGUAUCGCCUGUCACAGCGAGAAUGGAUGUGUGUCAUUCACGUUUGAUAGUGUUACUCAAACCUGUCAGGGUUACCCCUCCAACAGGAAAACAUCGCACUCCAGUAACGAAAUACCUUACUACUAUAAUACAGUGUAUGACCGUAGUCAAGGAUACAAGCAUGCCGAGUCUGGGGAUUUUUCUUACAAAGUAAUUGAAGUGAGACAGAAUAAGACCAGUGCCUCUGAUUGGUGUGUGUCCCAGGGAUCCUGGCUGGCCAAUGUCAGAUCAUUGGACCGCCAAACCGUCCUACAGACUGCGAUACAGCAGAAUAACCUAUUAAAGCAAGACUUUCGUUUCUACGUGUCAGGACAAUACACGACACAAUGGCAGCACAGUGAUGGUGACGUCAUCGACAGCACAUUGUGGUCACCUUCGAACCCUGACCCAGCACAAGGUCACUGCGCCAUGCUGACACAAAAUGGUCUUUCAAGUAUCGACUGCAGUACAAUGUUGUUUUUAAUAUGUGAAAUCUAAAAAAAAAUACAACCCCCCACCACCAGAAAAAUUAUAAUAAAACCCCCAAACAAAUCGGAUAUGCUUGAAGU